GACCGCAAUGCGACGACACCCUUCCUCUUGAAACUGUUCUACCGGACCGGCGCAUUUCACAGGCAAUUCUCCUUCCCUGCCAACCUCCCAGCCCACAUCACCGUCCACACCUGGCCAACCGCCACCCUCACCGAGCUGACGCACCUCCUCGUCUCGCACUCCCCACACCUUCUCCCCGCGCCCAGCAUCGGCACCCGCCUCGUCUACCGCCUCUUUUACCACGACACCCGCAGCGGCGGUGGGCCUCUCUCCAACUUCGCACCCCGCCUGGCGAGCCUAGACCUCGGCUCCGUGGUGAUUGGGGACGAGGGGAAUGCCGGCACGGCAGCGCCGGCACCGGCAACAACAACAACAGCAGCAGCAGCAGCAGCAGCAGCAAUAGACGCCUUCAGCACGCUGGCGGACACGCGAUUCGUGGUAGGGGACUUUGUGAGCGUCGCGAUUCUGCCGCCGAGCGCGGUGGACGGGAGCGUGCAGGCGGCUGCUGCGGCGAGGACGGGGCGAGGGUACGGUGCAGGCCAAGCGAGUAGGGGGUUUUUGUAUGCCAGAGGAAGGGGACUGGAUUCGAGGAUGGGAGGCGGGGGACCUGGUGGUGGUGGUGGCAUGUAUGGGGGGAGUGCUGUGCCUCCUGUGGGUGAAUGGAGGAGGGGGGAGAGGUUACCCGAUGUGCCAGCACCCUCGGGUCGGAGUAGAGGGAGGAGG